GGUGGCGGGGAGGCCGCGCCCGCGCUCCCACCGCCGCUCCCCUCACGCCGCCCGGCCAAGUUUAAACACACACCACCACCACCCCCCCGUUGCGACAGCUCGAGUUCGCGGGAGUUGCGUGGGGCCGCGGCCCGGGUGAGGGGGCGCCGGGUGAGGAGGGGUCGGCUGCCGGAGGGGGCGCCCCGCAAGGAGAGCGCCCCGCCGCCGCCUAUGAGGGCAUCGCGGGGCCGGGCGAGCCAUGGACGGCGGCGGCGGCGGGGCGCCGCCCGCCCUGGAGAAGAACGCGGCGGAGCUGACGGUCAUGGAUGUGUACGAUAUCGCCUCGGCCGUGGGGCAGGAGUUUGAGCGGGUGAUCGAUCAGCACGGCUGCGAGGCCAUCGCCCGCCUCAUGCCCAAGGUGGUGCGGGUGCUGGAGAUCCUGGAGGUGCUGGUGAGCCGCAACCACAUCAACCCCGAGAUGGAGGAGCUGCGCCUGGAGCUCGACCGCCUGCGCCUGGAGAGGAUGGACCGCAUCGAGAAGGAGAGGAAGCACCAGAAGGAAUUAGAACUGGUGGAGGAUGUCUGGAGAGGGGAAGCACAGGACCUUCUUACCCAAAUUGCACAGCUGCAGGAGGAGAAUAAACAACUGAUGACAAACUUGUCUCACAAAGACAUUAAUUUCACAGAAGAGGAAUUUCAGAAGCAUGAAGGAAUGUCAGAGAGAGAGCGGCAAGUCAUGAAGAAGCUGAAGGAAGUGGUAGAUAAACAGAGGGAUGAAAUCAGAGCAAAGGACCGGGAACUUGGACUUAAAAAUGAGGAUGUAGAGGCUCUUCAGCAGCAACAGAACAGGUUAAUGAAAAUUAACCAUGACCUGCGGCACCGGAUCACCGUUGUUGAAGCUCAGGGGAAGGCGCUGAUUGAGCAGAAGGUGGAGUUAGAAGCAUAUCUGCAAACCAAGGAGCAGGAGAUGGGCAACCUGCGAGCAGAGCUGGGGAAACUCAGAGAAAAACUGCAGGGUGAGGACAGCCAAAAUGGGGAGGAAGUAAAGACAGAACCAAACAACGAUGACUGCCUCUCAGAGUCAGAAAAGAUGGCAAUGGACUUAAAAGAUCCAAAUCGUCCAAGAUUCACCUUGCAGGAGCUCCGGGAUGUCCUUCAUGAGAGGAAUGAAUUGAAAUCUAAAGUGUUUUUACUUCAAGAGGAGCUUUUAUAUUACAAAAGUGAGGAAACAGAAGAAGAAACUAGAUCACCUCAACCUACACCCAUAAUUCAGUCAAAACCCUCAACUCAGCCUGAAUCUGGAAUCAAACGACUGAUCUUUACAGCCAUAAUGCCCAUGGUAGCAGCUGGAUUGAUUCCAGACGAUCCCACAUUGCAGCCAAUAAGAAGACUUGUGUCCCUUGUUUAGUUUCUUCUCUCGUGAUAAGAAACGUAUGCAGGCAUCACAGAAAAAUGUCCACUUCCAGGAUACUUUUGGAGAAUGGUCAAAUUCGAAUAAAGAUGACUCCUACACCGAACAAGGACAAGAAGCCCUGCAGCACCUGUGACUAAAACCUUGAGGUGUUCAGUUUACCACAGUAGAUCUUGACAGUCUAGUAACAAGAAGCUUCUGUAAACAAAUGCGGCAGCUCGUCACUUUUCUUUGCCUUGCACACCUCAGUGGUUGCGUUUCAGACCUACUCUUCAAAAGGGAUCCCUUGCUGUUUACUUGGGGACUGUUGGCUGAAAACAGAAUCCAAGUUUUGUAGUAACAUUCGCUGAUACCCUGGGACAUCGAAGCUUCUAGAUGACUUGUUUUGUGCUGAAUAACAAGUCUAUGGUCUUGUUCAUGCAUUAACUACAGUAACACAAGCUUCUUUAAACCAAAAAAAAAAGGACCUGUGCCAUUAUUAGAAGUUUGUUUGCAGUGUACAAUAUCUAGUGGCAAAGACUCUUUUACCCUGGUUGUUAACACUAUUGGUUGUUUGCUUUUUAUUUCCGUAAGAAUUUUUUCAAGAGGGAUACAACAGCUGGCCACUCUCCAUGGAAGGUCUCGGCACUGCUGGGUCCUGUCAAGUUCAGCUGGUGUCUGCAUUUUGCAGAGUAACCGCUUGGAAAUCCACCUGAUACAAACUGAUAAACUGGAGUAGCCUUGAGAGGGAUAGCGAGUGUACGUUUCCCUUGCUGCUUAUAGUGCCUAAAGCAUGAAGAAACUGAUGUAUGAGGUGAGCGUGCCUUGCAUUUUGCCAUGAGUUCUGUAGUAUUAAUGGGAAACAAAUUGCCUACGAGGAGGAAUUCUAACACUGGAAUUUUUUUCCUUCUUACCAGGGACUUCCCCCGGUAUAGCAGACAGCUGCUGUAAAGGAAUUAGGUCUCUUUCCACAGACAGGUUUUUAAUUAAGUCACACUCCACUUUUCUGUCUAGGUAAGACUGCCUAACUUCAGAGUGAAAGACAUUCUCAACAAGCUGACAUAAACUAUUUUAACUGACUUAGAGAUGACGUUUUUCUCUGACUAGUCUGAACACUACUUGGGCAGAGCGGAAGAAUUCUGGAUGUGCAGGCUGCUCCUCUGGUGUCAGUAGAUGAUUGGGUACCCUGCAGUCAGAGGGGCUCAACCUGCCAGCAAAAGCCCAGCCUAGCUGAACUGCUAGGCGGUUGGAUUUAGAUCUGCUUUGCCACUGAGCUUGUGAGACCUCAGUUGUACUCACCAACCCCAUGACACUAAAGCCCCAUGCAUCGACACUGUUGCAUACAGUGCACGCCCUGCCUCUGCUCCACACACUCCACAAAGGCACCUAACCAGGCAGGAGAGGGCAAACGCGUCCGUGGCUCCUCGCGAAAGGCACCGAGGUCAUGCUGUGAACUUGGCUGCGUGCUGGGAGAGUAGGCGCUGGAGCACAGUGCUGCUGGCGAGGAGUAGGUAGUUACAACAAGGCCGUAGGCAACUUCUGCACAUGGAGCCUAGUGCAGGGGGCUCAGCUGCAGUGGGCACCGUACCCCCGUAACUGCAUCUGCUCUGUAAAGAGCCUGUUCUCAGGAGCGGCACUAGGACAGGAAACAAUGCUCAGGCUGGAGUAAAACUUCAGCUACUCCAGGUGCUGAAUGUAUGAGCAAGUCCUGAAGAAGCUAAAGGUUUAGUGCAGGCCAGUUGUUUUUCAUACAGGGUGAUUCAAGACUCUGGAUUCUUUAAUGUGUACGGGCAGCAAAUGGUCCUUAGCCCAUCUAUAAUGAAACCACCAGGAAACUUUUUGCAGUGGUGGGCCGAAUGCUGCUCUGCUCCCGACUGUAACUGCACUAUGUUUUGAACACAGACCUUCUGCACAUUCUAGGUAGAGAAAGUGUUUACUGUGCCUCCCUGGCGUCACUGCAGUUUGGGGCAGGGGGGUAUGUGGCCUUACAUGAAAGACAUCUGUGUUUGAAAUAGCGACAGUAGUGUCUGAUACCAGUAUUAGGCAGACAUGCUUCUGCCUGCUUACGUUCUGGUGACAUAGCUCAAGUUUUAUGCUUACAGAAAGCUGUAUCCAUAAACAGCAGCACUUCCCCCCUUGUGCGAAAAGCAUUUCUUAAAUGGGGGGGAGCAUCUUAAUUUAAUGAUACUUAAGUUGCUAAGAUCUCAAUUUCACUUCCAUAUUAGAAAAAAACUGCAGUACACUACAGUUAUAUCAGGCAGUUAAAGUAAAUUGUGAAUGAUGCCCAUGGAGUCUCCCCCCAGCACAGUUUAGAGUUGUUGGGCACAUUUAGGAGAGAUGCGGUGAUCAGAAACAAUGCCAGAAUGCAGCGGGUGCACGGUCUGAAUAAGCACAUCACUUUUGCAAUCAGCUGAGAGCAAUGAAUCAGGAUAACAGAAAUACACGGAGUGAACAGUUUUUCCCCGGUCCUAAGCUGGUGUAUUAGAAAGGACACCUCCCAGCCUGCUGCACGUAAAGCUCGUGCCCUAGGCCAGAGCCCAGCACAGCACUGUCGAGUCAAAUCUGCAGCCAGUUCAAACAACAGCACUAAGCAGUGCAACCUUCCCCCGCUCAUCUCUGCAGCCCAGUACCUCAAAAAUCUAAUUAGUUAUCCCGACCUGCUGGCAUUAGCACUUCGCUCCUUGUUCUCCUGUUAGAAAUGCUGGGUUUGUAGACUCCAAGUGCCAUUGGGAAGGAUGGCAUAUAGGGAAGGGGAUGUAAAGAUUUGAAGAUCUGUCAUGGAUUGUUUCUCAAUAUUCAAGUAAAAUCUGCUUUUAGGAACAGGGCCAGGAUGUCGUCAGGUAAGGGGUGUACAGUCCUGUCUGCAAAGUGCAGGAUCACUGAAGUUUUUUUGGGUUGGGUUUUUUUUUCUUUUUUUGGUUGGGCAGUAAAUAAUUUUAACAAUUUAAUAAAUAUUUCUGAAAAAUAAGUAUUUCUGCAA